GGGGCCCUUGGAUGCAGCGGUUGGGCUGGUCUCUAAGCUCCUAAGUUGUAAUCCCUUGAGUCACCAAAGUUCCGUCCAGAUGAGCGGUGUAAGGACUUCCUCACUGUCACUACCCUCGUCUCUCAGAAAUUGUUGCUCCUGGGAUUUUUCAUUCUCCUACAACCUUCCCAGGAACUUUCUUGUGGUGGCAUAAGACCUUACCAUCUGGGCCCCUUCUUGGAUCUGGGGCUAGCGAUGUACCUUCUUGGAUCUGGGGCCCCCUGCUCUUGGCCUGUGGAAGCGUCUGUAAGGUUGGAACACAAGACCCUGAGAACUUGGAUGAAGAACUCAAGCCUUUGGUAACAGCCUGGUCACAUCUGGGCCCCUUCUUGGUCAGUCCGUUGAUUUUCAUGGUCGAUUUGACCUUCGGUAGCUUUCUGUGUCACUCUUCAGCAUCUUUAUGUGAGAUCAUCCCGUAGUUCUUUGUGCCAGUUUUUUCUCAAGCCACUCAGGACGCCUUUUCAGCUCAGGGGUGUCGACGUUGCCAUGGCGCUCAAAUCCGCUGUGUUCGCUUGCCUCAACCUUGCAUUGUGCGUGAGCUGCAACGACAUCAUCAUCGGCCGCUCCGCCGAGCCCCGUGGCAAGGAGACUGAGAAGAGUGGAGCGCCCUUCCUCCCCCGGUCCGAGCACCUUGGCAAGGAGACUGAGAAGAGUGGAACGCCCUUCCUCCCCCGGUCCGAGCACCUUGGCAAGGAGACUGAGAAGAGUGGAACGCCCUUCCUCCCCCGGUCCGAGCCCCAUGGCAAGGAGACUGAGAAGAGUGGAACGCCCUUCCUCCCCCGGUCCGAGCACCUUGGCAAGGAGACUGAGAAGAGUGGGGUACCGGUCGAGAAGGUUAUAUAUCCCGAUCCGCUGAGCCCCGUGGCAAGGAGACUGAGAAGA